AUGUCCUUACUUGAUACAUAAAUAAGGGCAGAUCAACUCAAGUCCCUGAUCAUAAGGUGACACAAGGUUGUCAGCAUAACUAGAGUAAAAACAUUGUGUCAAGGAGUUUUGAUUCAUCUCUUAAUUCUCUUCAAAUCUCCUCAUCCCCCCAAAACCAAAAAGCAGUCAACCAAACCCAAUUAUCAAUUUAAUACAUGGGAUUUUGUUGUUACUGCUUUGUAUCACUGUUUCCUUUAGUGAGAACUGGGGAACAAGCUUUAUCCAAUUGUGUGUUGGAUGAAAACCUCAGCUGGUGUCUGAAGGCUACUUGAAAUGUCUAAUAUGAGGAAGAAAAAGGCCACCCAUGGAAACAACAGAAACAAAACCAUUCCUCUGUGGACAUGAAAAGCAAGAGAUGUGAUGAUGCACUGUUCUUAAUGAGUGUCCUAGAACUGAGCUGUCUGCACUGCUGUUGAGGUGACAGAUUAGACACUGGAAAUAAAGGACUAACAAAAAAGAAGCUUAAAAGAUGGACAAGCAAGACAGCACUGGUCUUAAGCCCCCCAAAUCUUGGAUCGAAGAAGUCUUCAGUAAAAGAGAAUGUUCCCACAUUAUUCCCAGCUCAAAAGAAUCACACAGAUGUCCUACAGGAUGCCAGGUGUGCCAGAAUUUAAUCAGGUGCUGCUGUGGCCGGCUGAUUGGAGAGCACCCCGGAACAGAAUGCAGCUGGCCUGUUUAUCAGGCAGGCUCGCAGAGCGAUGGUGGAGAAUGGUCUGUGCAAAAACACACAAAGAUGAGUCCGACAGACGCGUUUGGUACAAUCAAUUUUCAAGAUGGAGACCGCACAUACCAUGCCAAGUAUAUUAGACUUUCUUAUGACAGCAGUUUGGAUCAGCUGUUGCACCUGAUGGUUAAAGAAUGGCAGAUGGAAUUGCCAAAGCUAGUGAUCUCUGUUCAUGGAGGCAUUCAAAAUUUCAAGCUUCCCUCAAAGGUCAAGCAGGUUUUCAGCAAAGGGCUAGUGAAAGCAGCUGAGUCUACAGGAGCAUGGAUAAUUACAGAAGGCAUCAACAGCGGAGUGUCCAGGCACGUGGGGGAUGCACUCAAAGGCCGUGCCUCACCACACCUGAGGAAGAUCUGUGCUAUUGGGAUUCCUCCAUGGGGUAUCAUUGAGAAUCAGAGGGAUCUCAUUGGAAAAGAUGUAGUUUGCCUGUACCAGACUCUUGGUAACCCACUCAGCAAGCUGAGUACCCUCAACAGCAUGCAUUCUCAUUUUCUAAUGGCAGAUGAUGGGACAGUAGGCAAGUAUGGGAAUGAAAUGAUGCUCAGGAGGAAUUUGGAGAAGUACAUGUCACUUCAAAAAAUACACACAAGAAUGGGCCAAGGUGUUCCCAUGGUCGGGCUGGUGCUGGAAGGAGGCCCCAGUGUGAUCCUGAUGGUGUGGGAGUACGUGAGGGCCAGCCCAGCUGUGCCGGUGGUGGUCUACGAGGGCACUGGCAGAGCUGCAGAUAUCCUGGCCUUUGCCCACAAGCACACGGGGGACACGGGGGAUCUGUGCCCUCAGGUGGAGGAGGAGAUCUUAAUGAUGAUUCAGAACAUAUUUAGGUUGGAACAGAAGAAGUCCAGUCGUCUAUUUCAUGUCUUGAUGGAAUGCAUGAAACACAGAGACUCUAUAACCAUAUUUGAUGCCGAGUCAGAAGACGAGCAGGACAUUGAUUUGGCAAUUCUGACAGCACUCUUGAAAGGUACGAAUAUAUCUGCUUCAGAUCAGCUAGAUUUGGCAUUGGCCUGGAACCAGCUAGAUAUUGCCAAGAAACACAUACUUGUUUAUGGACAACACUGGAAGGUUGGUGCCUUGGAACGGGCAAUGCUGGAUGCUUUAGUCAUGGAUCGUGUGGAUUUUGUUAAACUGUUAAUAGAACACGGAGUAAACAUGCACCGUUUUCUUACCAUAUCUCGUUUGGAAGAACUCUACAAUACAAAACAAGGACCAUCAAAUCUGCUUUUACACCAUCUAGUUCGAGAUGUGAAACAGAAUAGCCUUUCUUUGGAUUACAAGAUAUCACUGAUUGACAUUGGACUGGUGAUAGAAUACCUCCUUGGUGAAGCUUAUCAGAGCAGCUACACAAGGAAGAAUUUCCGAAUUCUCUACAAUGAUCUCUACAGAAAACACAAGAGAGUGGUCUCCACCUUGCCUCAAAGCCUGUCUCCUGCCUUUCAUCAGAGUAAUCAGAUGGAUAGUGGCAUGGGAUCCAGUGAAGGUACUUUGCAUUCUCAGUUCUUCAGGACUGCACAGCCUUACAAAUACAAGGAAAGAUCCAGCCCUUUCCCAAAGUAUAAGAAGAAAUUAAAAGAGGAUGUAAACUACACAGAGAAUUAUGAGUCAACUGGCUUCAUCUACCCGUAUAAUGACCUCCUGGUUUGGGCAGUAUUAAUGAAAAGACAGAAGAUGGCUAUGUUCUUCUGGCAGCAUGGAGAGGAAGCCAUGGUCAAAGCUGUUGUUGCUUGUAAACUCUACAGAGCAAUGGCACAUGAAGCUAAACAGAGCAACAUGGUGGAUGACACUUCAGAAGAACUCAAGAAGUAUUCAAAGGAGUUUGGGCAGCUUGCCUUAGAUGUGCUGGACAAGGCAUUCAAACAAAAUGAGCAGAUGGCCAUGAAGUUGCUGACCUAUGAACUGAAAAACUGGAGCAACUCCACGUGCCUGAAGCUGGCUGUGUCCGUGGGGCUGCGGCCUUUUGUGUCCCACACGUGCACACAGAUGCUGCUGACCGACAUGUGGAUGGGACGCUUGAAGAUGCGGAAGAACUCCUGGUUUAAGGUCAUUAUGAGUAUUCUCCUGCCUCCCACCAUCCUGAUGCUGGAGUUUAAAAGCAAGGCAGAAAUGUCUCACGUGCCUCAGUCCCAAGAUUUCCACCAGUUAUGGUAUCACGGGGAACAGAGCCCAGUCAGCUCUAAAGAGACUUUGAGGGGUUAUGAUGUAGAAAAGGCUGUUCAGAAGUCUGAUGAAAGCCAAGGAGAUGGUGGACAAGGAAACCUGACUGGAGCUAGAAAAAUCUAUGAGUUCUACAACGCACCAAUUGUCAAGUUCUGGUUUCACACGAUGUCGUACUUGGCAUUCCUCAUGCUCUUUACUUACACUGUGUUGGUAAAGAUGGAACCAAGACCAAGCGUGCAAGAGUGGUUUGUUAUCAUUUAUAUUUUCACUACUGCUAUUGAAAAAGUCAGGGAGGUAUUUAUCUCAGAACCUGGAAAAUUCUGCCAAAAGGUGAAGGUGUGGAUUUAUGAAUACUGGAAUUUUACUGAUUCUGUAGCAAUCAUCCUGUUUAUGAUUGGUUUUGGUUUGCGGUGGUCCAACCCCCCUGUUCAAACUGCAGGGAGGCUGCUUUACUGCUUGGAUAUCAUAUUUUGGUACACUCGGCUCCUUGAUCUUUUUGCUGUGAAUCAGCAUGCUGGCCCAUACCUGACAAUGAUUGGGAAAAUGACAGGAAACAUGUUCUAUAUUGUGAUCAUGAUGGCCAUAGUCCUGCUGAGUUUUGGGGUGUCACGAAAGGCAAUUCUUUCACCAGAGGAGCCUCCUUCUUGGACCCUGGCGCGGGAUAUUGUAUUUCAGCCCUACUGGAUGAUGUUUGGUGAAGUCUAUGCUGGAGAAAUAGAUGUUUGUGAAGCCAAUGAAGACUGUCCUCCCGGCUCCUUUCUCACACCCUUUCUGCAAGCUGUCUACCUCUUUGUGCAGUACAUCAUCAUGGUCAACUUGCUCAUCGCAUUCUUUAAUAAUGUUUAUUUUGACUUGAAAUCCAUCUCGAACAAGCUCUGGAAGUACAACCGUUACCGCUACAUCAUGACCUACCGUGAGAAGCCGUGGCUGCCUCCACCCUUCAUCCUCCUCAGUCACAUUGGGCUUCUGCUAAAGUGCAUCUUCCACCACCAGCCCCCAAAUGAGUCGGACCAAGAGGAAGGCGACGUUGGACUAAAGCUCUACCUGAGUGAUGAGGAGUUAAAGAAACUCCAUGACUUUGAGGAACAGUGUGUAGAAGAAUAUUUUCUUGAAAAGAAUGAAAACCUGAGUUCCAGUGUCAGUGAAAGGAUCCGUUUGACCACAGAAAGAGUGGAAGAGAUGUUUCAACAACUUAAGGAAGUGCAUGAGAAGGUAUUCUAUAUCAAGGAGUCUUUACUCUCCCUGGACAGCCAGCUAGGACAUUUGCAAGACCUGUCUGCCCUGACAGUGGACAUUCUCAAAGUGCUUUCUGCUGUAGACACCUUGAAGGUGGAAGAAGCCUUACUGGCUGACACAAAACUUCAAACCCGUAGGAAGCUGCCCCAUAGCUGGAGCAAUGCAUUCUAUUCCAAGACCUUGAGCAGUCUGGAGGGCUUGUGUGACAAGAAAUACCACUAUUACAGCAUGCCACCCUCCCUCUUACGGAGCUUGGUAAGGACUCAGUCUCCAUCAGAGUGCAAACUCUUGAAGUCUGAGUGUGACAAGGUGGUAGAAGACAGCUCUCAGAAGGUAGAAAUAGAAACAGACACACUCACUUCAGGAGUAUCCUCUGAGACUAGGUCGACUCCUAGGUAUGGGCAGUUUUUGCUGGUGCCCCCUGACCAUCAGGGAGGGUCUUUUCCUGAGGAUGUCACCUUAAGUUUGUCCUUUUUGAACACUGCUGCCAAGUACAAGGAUGAAGCAUUCAGAGAUGACCUGCAAAGUAGCAUUGUGGUUCCUCAAAACUUGCCGGGUAUCAGCUUCCUUGGCAAAGAGACAGAAGAUUGCCAGUGGAGCCAGAGUGACUUUGUUAUUCAUUUGCCAUCAGAAAAGAUUGAUGCUGCAGAAGCUGAUCAUCCUCUUGAUCUCCAGCUACCACUGGAUAUUGAAGAAAGUGUAGCAUCCCCCUGUGAUGACAGGGAAGAAACUGAAGGUGGUUAUGUGAACUGGGGAUUCUCUGAAGGUGAUGAAAAAGGAGUUUUCAUCUCAAAUUCAAAGAAGAAAGCUCUGUACCUCCAUUCCUCCUAUGACAGGGAUAACAAUUGCCAGAACAAUCCCACCAGGCAUGUCCAGUUAAGUCAUUCGAAGUCCUUCUCCUACAACUCAUUCAAGUCAUGUCCCAGCAGCAGCAUCUCUCAGAACAGGCUGAAGAGAAGCAUCUCCUUCUGGAUCAGCCCUCUCUGGAGGGACUGGAGUUUCUGCAGAAGCAACAGCUUACCGUCCCCUAAGAAAGAGAGAUCAGGGAAAGUCUGCAAGGCCAUAGGCGAAUCUUUAGGAUCCUGUGAGCUACACCACAGUGAGACAACAAAAGCAGAACAGCAAAACAGAGACAGAAAGUCUGGGAGAGGAAAGAGGAAUCAAAAACCUCUUCAGGUGCCGGUGAUUAGAGUGGAUGAUUGUCCCCAGAACACUCAAGUGAACUCAGAGCCUGCAGAAAUCAAUGUCUGGGAUGAGCAGGAGAAACACAGCAAGAAUUGGCUCACUGUGUCUAAUUUCAGUCAGCUAAGUUUGGAACGUCUCCAUUACAAGCACCAGAAAAUUAAAAAUCCAGACUUUGGUAGGCAUACCAUACCAUUCCGUGAUUACCUGAGGCAUUCUCGAGAGGAUUUCAGUAAUAGCGUAUUUGGAAAUAUCAAGAAAAGUAAUCUGAACAGGAACUCCUCAUUGAGAUCUCCAGAGGAAACUGACAAUAUCUUCUCCUGCUUGAAAACAUCUCAAGAUUUGCAUCUUCACUACUCAGCUGUUGAAAGAAACAACUUAAUGAGACUUGCUCAGACCAUACCAUUUACACCAGUCCAGCUCUUUGCUGGAGAGGAAGUGACAGUCUAUCAGCUAGAAGAGAGUUCACCUCUGAAUCUUGAUAAAAGCAUGUCAUCCUGGUCCCAGUGUGGCACAACUGCAAUGAUCCAAGUCCUGUCACGGGAGGAGAUGGAUGGGGGUCUGCGGAGGGCCAUGAAGGUCAUCUGCACUUGGUCUGAGAGUGAUGUAUUAAAGCUGGGACAGGUUUUCAUUGUGAAGUCUUUCCUGCCAGAGGUGGUUCAAGCUUGGCAAAAGAUCUUUCACCAUGGCACAGUAUUACAUCUCUGUCUCAGGGAGAUUCAACAGCAAAGGGUUGCCCAGAAGUUAAUCUAUACCUUCAACCAAGUGAAGCCUCAUACUAUUCCCUAUACUCCAAGGUUCCUGGAAGUUUUCCUUAUCUACUGCCAUUCUGCAAAGCAGUGGUUGACCAUCGAGAAGUACAUGACUGGCGAAUUUCGGAAAUACAACAACAACAAUGGAGAUGAGAUUACUCCCAUCAGCCUGCUGGAAGAGCUAAUGCUGGCCUUCUCUCACUGGACCUACGUCUACACCCGUGGGGAGCUCCUGGUCCUGGAUAUGCAAGGUGUUGGGGAAAACCUUACAGAUCCAUCUGUGAUUAAACCUGAAGAUAAAAAGUCUGGAAAAAUGGUAUUUGGACCAGCAAACCUAGGAGAAGAUGCAAUAAGAAACUUCAUUGCAAAGCAUCGUUGUAAUUCUUGCUGCAGAAAGCUGAAACUUCCCGAUUUGAGAAGAAGUGACUACACGCUGGAAACUGCUGGUCCAGCCUUUGGAAUAGAAGUGGAAGCAAGCACUGAAGAGGCUGAUGAUGCAGAUAAGCCUUCUGAGUGUGAUACACGGCUGUGAAGCAGACAGGUCAUGUGUUUGCAUCCUUCAAAACCUGUUCUUUAUCACUGCCAAGGGUUUGUCCAAAAUUACAAAAUACAGGUGACUGAGUGCAGCAUCUCUCUGCCCUAGCUAGACCCUAUAGACAAGGAAUGAAAAGAAUUAGCUUUAUUGACUCCGCUUGCAUUCUCUUGUGGUGGCGUUUCUUGUACAGAUUAACAAAUCACCAGGAGCGGGUCACCCCUUACCUGGAUGAACUCUCCCAUCAGUGCCAUUUUUGAUGAUGUGGGUCAUGGUUCCAAGUUAUAUUUUCUUAGGAAGAUGACUGUGACAAGUUUAUUUCCAAGUGGUAGUAAUUUUUGUUUCUCUUUCUGCUCCUUACUAAAUAAAUGAAUGUAUACAUGUGCAAAUAAUUCAUUUUCAGUCAGAGCCCACUCAGCCCCAUGCUCACUUUUCUUGAGUGCAAAAGGCUCUUCAGGAAAUUGCAGAAAUACUACUUUCUCUUUAUUAUUGAUUGUGAUGCAGAGAUAAACCAAGAAUAAAUAAACCAAGAAUAAAGUUUUGGUUUAAACAGUAGUCAUGACAGACUGAAAAAUUUGUAGGAAACUUUUCUUCAAAUCUUUUCACAUGCUAAGAAAAAGUUGCACAAUAAAGCAGCAGAUUAUUGGACCCACAACCAUCAAUUUUUCUCAUUUUGAAUUGAUGAAUUUGAAUAUUCUGUGGAUUUAAUACAAAGAUCUUGAAUAUUAUCUGACUUUUAGGACUUGCCUGUCUUUACAAUAUUUUAGCUUUUGAAUGUUUUAAAGUUGCAAUUGGAAGAAAGAUUUUAGAAGUCACAAAGAAUAGUAUAUUCCAUUUGGCAUUUAACUUGUUAAUGUCAGGCAGAAUGUAGGACUGUUGUCUAACAGUAGUGCAAUUAUAUUAGGCAGCAUCCACAUUUGUUUCUGUUGAUGUCUUCUGAUAACAGCUGAAGCUCAGAAAACAGAAAAAUCAAUCUGUGCAAUAUGAUUUUUUUAGAAUAAAGACUGAAAAGAAGUUUUCAGCAGAAGUAUUUCUAACAAAACUGGUGUUCUAAUACAGGUUAAACCAUUAAAAGCAACUUUGUACUUUGGUGUUGAUUAAAAAAACUAAUGCUCAAAUGUUAGUCAUUACAAAAUUUUAUAUUUGAAUUAAAAAAAAGAAAUCAUAUUUCCACUACAGCUCAUAGUAAAUUUUAAGCUGUAAGGGGGCUUUUUUUUGUGAUCUGUGAUUUGUUUGGUAUAUUUUGUAAGUGUCUACAUAUACAUAGGAUUUGGAAGUUGCAUGUCCCCAGUUUUUAUAUUGACUAUUAUAUUGAUGUUGAAGUGAUCAGCAUUGUAAACAGUCAUUGGAGUAAUCAUCUACACAAUGUUUGGCUCAGAUGCUUUCAGUUUCUGUGAGCAUUUAGAAGAGGUUCCUAUUGUGUUUUUUCUUUUUAACAUAAUUUCAUAGAACGCUCCCAUAUAAUUCCCCAUCAGAUUAUACUUCUCAUUUUGCAAAAUAUAUAGUUUCCUUUGGCUCUUCUUUUUGGAAGCAAGCCAAUAUAUCAGAAAACUUAGCUUGUCUGUGAAAGAGGGAUUGCGUCUCUGCAAACUGAGGGUGAAGUUUGGUCCAUAUACCUGUAAGGUAGUAAUUCUGCUUCCUGUGGGUGUCAUUUUAAAAUCUGACUUUGGGGAGAUAUCUGCUUACAUGAAUACAUAUACACUUUAAAGAAAGACAUAUCUUAAAUAUCUUUCUUUAAACAAAGAUCUUUCUCUCAAGGAUCUCUAACUAUUUGUCUGCCUUUGAAUUCAGUUAAGUAAAAUGAAACAUAGAUAUGUCUUUAAAGUCAAAGACAAUGUAACUCCUGCCCUGAUAGUGUUGUUUUCCAGAAAUGUUGCCAUAAAUUUAGAACACAUAUAUAUUAUGCACAAAAAAUCCCCCAAAAAACUGUAGGCCAGGCUGGGCCUGAGCGCUUCUCAUUUCUUACAAGUUUUGAAGGUAUGCACAAAUCAGAUGACCUUUCUUGGCAAUGCUCCUAUUGCCUGCAAGAGUGGGUGGCUCCUGCAUUCACAGCAACAUUUUUGAGAAUUCUUAUGAUGUAGAGCUAGCUCAGUGUAGAUUAAUCGUAUUCCUUCUUGUCAGUAUCUGUCAAGGUAAAUACUACAUUACAGUAUGAAAUGGGGAUCCUUGCAAGAUACUAAUCUGUGUUAAAAUGUAGUUUAUUUAAUUUUGUAGCUAUUUAAUUUUGAUCAGCAUGAAAUAUUAAGUGGAUGAAACAACAAAAAGAGGCAUUUCAAAUUGUUCCACCAUAUAUUUUUAUCCUUGCAGUAAUUUUUCCAAAUGUGGAUGCACUAAAUUCAAGAAGUCCAGUAAAUCUGCUGGCUGAUGAAUUAUGCCUCAGCUUUCUUUUAUGUUUUUUGGGAAUGCUGAUUCACAUUUCACUAAACUGUAAAUUUAAGUAUAUGAUUGAAGACCUUCCACCCCUCCCUUUUAUAUUUCAGUAAUAAAUUAUCUUGAACAUAAUUCAAAGAAAUUUUUGAGAUCUUUCUUACUACAAGUUCUGUACAUUCUUUAAAUUGUCUUUUGAUUUCUAAAUACUGACUUUAGAUUGAAACACAUGCCUACUAAAACAUGAAAUAAAAACCCCAACAACCUUAUAAGGGGACAGCAAUAAGCCCCACUCACACUAAAAUUUGGGUUCAUGUGAAAUGAAAGAUGUGGAAGUCAGGUUCUUUCUCCAACUGCUUGACAACUAGAGUGGAAGAGGAAAUCAUGUGUGUCAAACCAAACCACAGGAGUUUCUGAUUAUUAGCGUCAAUAUUUGUUUAUGCUGAAAAGCACAUACAGGGAUUUCUUUUAUAAUUCUGGUGGGUUCAGGGAAAAAAAAAAUCCUGUUUACUUUGUUCAAAUAACUCAGGCAGUAAAGUUUUGAAAGAACAAAACAAAACAAAAAAUCCACCAGAGUAUUUAUAAACUUACUUUUUAAUAUGAGCUUAAAAGAAGCUUACUUAGGAAUUCAGUUGGGAUUAUCCACAGUGAAAUGUUGUUUUGGCAUCUGCUGCAUUGGAGAUGUAGCUUGAACAUGUGAAAAAUAUUCAGAAAUUGAAAACCUCAUACUCAGGAAGUUUUGGGUUUUUUUGCUUUCAUUCAUUGUUGUGGUGUAUUUGGAGUUGUUAAUUUAUUGUUAGUGCAAUAAAAUCAAAAGGGAUAUUACACAUGUAUUUUCUAGAAAUGGACUUGUAUUUGUUCUAGUGUUGUCAGUCUAUUUCCUAUUAUUUCUAAAGAGUAAAAGAACACUUUCAGAAUUUUUCUGUUCUUGAUAGGUGUAAAAUGAAAUAACAUUUCUGACAACUAAGGGAAACAGGUAAAAGUAGCAUACAGAGAAUAAUGCAGUUAUUUUUAUCUUUAAUCUCAUAGUAAUAAACAUCUAUUCUAUAUUUA